AAGAAGCCAGCCCACUUCUGGAGCAGAGUCUACUUCUACUUCUUAUGUGCCAAAGUUCACUUACCAAGGCGAGACAACAGGAGGAGAACGAAGACCUAAAAGGACUGGAGUAGAUGAUAGCGUUCUAAAGGUGGACCAAGAAAGACCAGAGCAAACCAGCAAACACCUGACAGGAUUCAGUCCUUCGGCGAUGCAAAAGUGAAAGAGGUGAGAGGUCCCUGUGUAAGAAGCCAACGGUGUCAUGGCGGUCAGGAAGGCAGAAGUAAGGCGGCGGAUUGUGUCCAAAGACGGGCACAACAACGUUCGCAUUGACAACGUGGAAGGCAUGGUGAAGCUGUACCUCCACGACAUCUGGACCACAGUGGUGGACAUGAAAUGGCGUUACAAGCUCACCCUGUUCGCCUCCACCUUCGUCAUGACGUGGUUUAUCUUCGGCGUGCUCUUCUACUUCAUCAGCAUGGGCAACGGUGACUUUGAGCCCAUGUUGAGCUCCAAUCACACACCUUGUUUGGAGAACGUCCAGACGUUCACCGGCGCCUUCCUCUUCUCACUGGAGUCGCAGACCACCAUCGGAUACGGAUUCCGCUACAUUAAGGAGGACUGCCCGCUGGCCAUCUUCACCCUGGUGGCCCAGCUGGUCAUCACGGGCCUGGCAGAGAUCUUCGUCACAGGAGCCUUUCUCGCCAAGCUGGCCCGGCCGAAGAAGCGAGCAGAGACCAUCAAGUUCAGCCAGUCGGCGGUAGUGUGUCGCCGCCAGGGCAAGUGGUGCCUGAUGGUGAGGGUGGCCAACAUGAGGAAGAGCCUGCUCAUCCAGUGUCAGCUCACAGGGAAGCUCCUGCACUCCAACGUCACGGAGGAGGGAGAGAAGACCCAGGUUCACCAGACUUCAGUAGAUUUCUUCAUGGGCUCUAGCAGCGAGUGUCCGUUCCUCAUUCUGCCACUCACCUUUUACCACAUCCUAGAUGAGCGGAGCCCACUAGCAGGCCUGAGCGCCGAAAACCUGCAGAGCCGUGACUUUGAGCUGCUGGUGACCCUCAACGCCACCAUGGAGUCCACGGCAGCCACGUGCCAGAGCCGCACGUCCUAUGUCCCCCAGGAGAUCUUGUGGGGCUAUGAGUUCAAGCCCGUGCUCUUCAGCACCGCCAGCGGCCGCUACGUAGCUGAUUUCAACUUCUUCGAUAAAGUACAAGUGAGCAGUGACAUCGCCUUCCGCAACAACGACGAGAAGCUAAAAUUGGAGGAGGACUACAAGAAAGAAUAGCGAAUUCGGGACUUUGAUCCAUUAAUCUGGUCUGAAUCUUAAAAUGUUAUGCUAAUUGAGGCCUUAAAUUUGUUGCAUUUGAGACAGCUGGCAAGUUGGAAAUACCACCGCUCAGAGUUCCCGAAAAAUUAAAAAAAACACAUUCCAGUCAAAUAACAAAAAACAUGUCUGACAAUAUUCCAGUUUUGUGGAAUGCAGCAAAAGUACCCCCUUAUUUAUAAGAUAUUUUCCUAAUAUGUCACUUCCAAUUUUGAUAUUGGUCUGAAUCUGGCUUUUGUUUGCUGUAUUGCAGACUGCCAGAAGUCGGACAUAUCCCACAAAACCUUCCACAUGUCAAUAAAAAACAUGGCUGGCAAUCUGAAUUCCAUUUAUCUGGAAUGCAGAAAGAGUAUUCUAACAUCUUCUCAUUUAAAUUCUUCAUAAAUUGAAUGGAAAGGGAAAUGUUAUGCACAUGUUCGUUGUAUUCCAGACUGUAUCCCGCUUGGGAGCUUCCAACCAUGACAAUAUUCUGAAAUCCAACCAUAUUUUUGUGGUAGUACAUGGUGUAAAAAGCUUAAAGAGGACCUAUUAUGCUCAUUUUUUGACCCUUUGUAUUGAGUUGUUGACUCCUAUAGAGCAGUUACACACAAUGACCCUCACAAAACUUUUCGAUCUUCCAGAAUCUGCACCUAUUCCAGCUGUAUCUCCUUUGAUUUGUGCUUCCUGCCAAAAGGGUCUAAUUUAUUCCACAUAUGACCCACUUCUGGGUAUGCCCAUUUUGCUGUGAUUGGUCAACGUCCAAAGUGUUUCCUAACUAUGAACAAACCCCACUUUUAAUAUAGUGGGUAUAGGAGUUGACAAUAAAUUCAUGUUUUACCACGCUUUUUGAGCCAGCCCAAACUUCCCAGAUACGCAAACCUCAUUAUCUGAAACUUUGGCAUUAUUUAACAUGAGAAUACAACAUUCUAACUACAUUAAUAGGUCAGAAAAGUGGAAAAAGCUUAAUAGGUCCCCUUUUAAGAACAAUAUUUUAAGCUUUUUUGUACAAAAAGCCUCAAGUUCGUUUUCUAACUGGAAACCAUUUUCAAUUUAUAAUCAGUCCAUAAUUUAAUAUAAUUAAUAUGUAUUGGUCUAUUAGCAGUUAGCAUUGCUGCACUGUCAAAUGGCAAAUAAACAUGACUAAAGUGAGAGUAAAAGUUACUCACCAAUGCUAAUUGCUAAGCUGUCACAGCCUAGCCUCGCCUAGCAUAGCGUAGCUUAGCAUGUGGCAGAACGAAAAGGGUAACAAGCCUAUCAUAGGAAACUGACAUCUUUUAACAUCCCAUCCCCCGUUUAGCGCUAAAAAAGACAGUUUAGGUCCAUUUAGCAAACAUUCAUUCAUCCAUUCAUUCAUUUAUUUUUUACCGCUUAUCCUCACAAGGGUCGCAGGGGUGCUGGAGCCUAUCCCAGCUGUCUUAGGCGGGGUAGACCCUGGACUGGUCGCCAGCCAAUCACAGGGCACAUAUAGACAAACAACCAUUCACACUCACAUUCAUACCUAUAGACAAUUUGGAGUCACCAAUUAACCUAGCAUGUUUUUGGAAUGUGGGAGGAAACCGGAGUACCCGGAGAAAACCCACGCAUGCACAGGGAGAACAUGCAAACUCCACACAGAGAUGGCCGAGGGUGGAAUUGAACUCGGGUCUCCUAGUGUGGCCUGCGCGUUAACAACUCAUCUGCCAAUUUUUGACAUGAUUAAUAAAAAUGUAGUAGCUAGUUAUAAUUGAAUCCUUUUUGAAAAUUUCACUUGAAUUUCUGCUUUUGAUCAGCCUAUUUCAGCUUGAUGGUUGUUUGUAUUAGGGAUAGGCUCCACCAUACCCCCAUGGCUCUUGUGAGGACGAGCGGCAUAAAAAACGGAUGGGUGGCAAGAAAUUGCUUCAUCAACAUUAAGCUUUACGUAGAACCGCCUUAAGAUCCAACAGUUUAAAAUGUUAAAUUCUUGCAAUUUGUUCUUAAAAUUUAGUCCACAGCAGAAUUCACUUCGCCAAGCUUAGCACGUAACAAUGAAAUUAACAAGCAAUCAGGUAACAACAAAAUGUCAUUGGUCUUGUUUGGCACAAAGUACCAGUUACGUUCCCAUGUAAUGAAACAAGAACGUGUCCACAAUUUUGACUGGCACUGACAAUAAAACCAUAGUUCUUCCAUUUUAAUUCAAAACAUGUUACUUAAACUCUCAGCAUGUAAAAAUAUUCAUUGGAUCUUUUUUUUUUUUAUUUCAGAAGGAUCAUUUACACAAAGUAUGAAUGUCUUUUGUCUUUAUUGUAUGAGAAACUAAAUCUCUCUUUGUGCAUAGUGUUAAGUGAAACAUGAUGAGUUUCGAGGCGUUGAAUGGAACCAGACCGGAACUGGUUUGUCCCACUUUUUUCUUUUCGUGCUCACCUGUUGUGGCAACAAGCUACUUUGUCCAGACAAAGACGACUGUAUUCAGUUGAAACAAUCAAAAGUCCAGAAUGAUCUUUUACUGACAUGAAUGUAGACUAUGCAAAUAUAUGUAGAAAAAGUGU